CUAGAAUGUAUUAUUACAUCAUUACACUUAACAAAAACAACUCUUAAAAAUGCCUGGAGGAGAUGGUGAUAAAGGGAACGAUUUAAAAGAAAAAAUUACACUUUUUGUCGAUGAAUUAAAAAAGGGGAGUACGCAGGGGUCAUGUGAUGUAGCAAUCAAAACAAUUGACUUGUUGACUCAAGUUAUAGCUCAGGCAGAGUUUUUGCAAGUCAGUGAGUUGAUAAAGCAUGUUGCAAAUGAAGGGAAACAAAUUCAGGCGGGAGAUCCUUCAGAAAAUAUUAUAGGAAACAUAAUCUACAGAGUUCUCAAGAUUAUCAGAGAAGAAUGCAAAGAUCAAGAAAAUGCAGAAAAUCAAAAACCUUCAGAAGCAAAGAAUGUAUGUAAAAUAGCAGAUCUUAAGGCCUGUAUUAUCGAAGCUGUGACUGAACUAAAAUCUGAGAUUGAAGGAUGUGUUGAAAAUAUAGCAGUGCAAGCCCCAAACUAUAUAAAUAAAAAUGAUAAAAUUCUUACCAUUGGGAGAUCAAGGACAGUAGAAGCCUUUUUAAAGAAUGCUGCCAGCAAAGGAAUUAAAUUUGAAGUUUUUGUUUCUGAAUGUGCUCCAUUUUAUCAGGGUCAUGAAAUGGCAAAAAACCUGGCUGAAUCAAAAAUAAACACAACACUUAUCACUGAGUGUCAGAUUGGAUUUAUUAUGCCUAAAGUAAACAAAGUCCUCAUAGGAACUCACUCUUUUAUGGCAAACGGAGGAUUAAAGGCUGUUACAGGUGCUAACAUCAUGGCAGUGUUGGCUAAAGAACAUGGCAUACCUGUGAUUGUUUGUUCCAGUUUGUAUAAAUUGUCUCCACUGUUUCACAGCACACCUGAACAUGCCUCGUUUAAUAAAUUUGCCAGUCCAUGUGAGAUGCUAGAUUAUGAUGAUGCUGACUUGUUAUCCAAGGUUGAAGUUAUAAAUCCAAUAUUUGAUUAUGUACCCCCUCACCUGGUGUAUAUGAUUGUUAGUAACAUAGGUGCCCAAUCUGUUUCCUAUGUUUAUAGGCUAGUCAAAGAUUUCUAUCACCCUGAUGAUGUGAAACUGAAGUAACCACAUUUAUUGUGGUGUUGAAGCUGGUUCAUUUGGUUUUGGAAUGAAAUUUGGUCAAAGGAAACUAAAAAUAAAAUAUUUAUAAAAG